CUAGCUUUCUAAUCACUGCACUACGGGGCAAGGCAAAGCAAGGCCAGGCCAACACCUUCCUUAAUGCCAUGAACGAAAGCUCCUUCAAGCUCAUUCUACAGCGUGGUAUAGUUCCUCACUCCCUCAUAGACCCUAGACUAAGGCUUCUUCAGGUCCUGGGGUUUCUAUGAGCUAUGCCUUCGUCCCCCAAGUCCUUCUACGGCCGCCCACCUCCGCUGUCAUCUCGUAGAUCCGCGUUCCUGAUAAUUUUCUGCCUCUUAAUCGGUGUCUCUGGCUUUCUAUAUGGAAUCACAUCCUUUCUAAGGCCGAUUCACGGGUAUCGAUGUCUGAACACCCGGCCUAGAUCCGUUCGUGUGGUUUGGGAGCAAGUUGGCAGCAACAGUGGUGGUUCGAACGAUGGGAUCCAUGGUGGGAUUGGAGUUGAUAGGCAUAAAGUCAUGGGCUUCGUGGGGAUUCAGACCGGAUUCGGAUCCGUAGGUAGGCGCCAGGCGCUUAGGAAGACCUGGUUGCCAUCAGAUCGCCAGGGGCUCGAACGCUUGGAAGAAGCCACUGGAUUAGCAUUUAGGUUUAUCAUUGGUAGAGCAAAUGAUAAAUCAAAGAUGGCAUCGCUUCGGAAGGAAAUAGCAGAAUAUGAUGAUUUCAUUCAAUUGGACAUCGAAGAGGAGUACAGUAAGCUACCAUACAAGACUUUAGCUUUCUUUAAAGCUGCCUAUGCACUUUUUGAUGCUGAAUUUUAUGUCAAAGCUGAUGACGAUAUAUAUUUAAGGCCAGACCGGCUUUCAAUACUGCUGGCAAAAGAGCGAUCUCACUCUCAGACUUACAUAGGAUGCAUGAAAAAGGGCCCUGUUUUCACCGACCCAAAACUUAAAUGGUAUGAGCCGUUGUCCCAUUUGCUUGGAAAAGAGUACUUUCUGCAUGCUUAUGGUCCUAUAUAUGCGCUUUCUGCUGAUGUUGUUGCAAGCUUGGUGGCUCUAAGGAAUAAUAGUUUCCGGAUGUUCAGUAAUGAGGAUGUUACUAUUGGAGCUUGGAUGCUUGCAAUGAAUGUCAACCACGAGAAUAAUCAUGAAUUGUGUUCCACUGACUGCACUUCCACAUCGAUUGCUGUGUGGGAUAUUCCAAAGUGUUCGGGCCUCUGUAACCCAGAAAAGAAAAUGCUUGAACUCCAUCAAAAGAAGAGCUGCUCUAAAAGUCCUACGCUGGAAUCUGAUGAAUAGUAUUUGUGCACCAGCAAAAUUCAGAAGGUAGUGAAGGAAUUGCAUGCUCCCACGAGAUGAGAUGCGAUGCUCUCAUCAUUUUUCUAUGAAAUGAUCACUAUCAUUUCGAUUCACCUUUUUCCUGUACGAAAACAUACCGUCAUAUUUUUCCUUUUUCUCUAUUUUUCUCACAUCAUUUUUCCAAAUUUUUUAUGGGUGUAAAGGGGAAAAUGAAGGAGAUGAUUGAGUAAAGUUUUAUAUGUAGAACAUACAAAGAGAUAGACUCAGGGAGGAUGCUACUAAAUUUUAACUUCUGACUUCUGAGACUAUAUAUGACUCCCACCAAAUUUUGACAUUCUUUGGAAGUAUGGACACCAUUAGCCUUCGGCUGUAAAUUCAGGUUUUAUGGAUAUUUUUAUGGUGACCUGCGAAUUUAUGAGAACACUUUAGGCCA